GGCUCGGUGGCGUUCGGUGCUGAAGUGGGGCGGAUGGCAGAAAAACAGCAGCGAUGGACAUUACACCGCAGGAUUCCCAUUUACGAUGUCGCUAAAUAAGCAUCGGGACAUCGCGCUUUCACACCCAUCAUCCUAGGACACUGACAGCCCAACACAAAGGGAUGCUGUACUGUCACCGCUCCCUGCACUCUCAAGUCCAUAAAUGACCCUUUCACCGAGACCCAAGGAAGCCUAGGAGGCGACGGCGAGUGAAACAAAACGAGGAGCGAGUGAAAUAAGGAGAGGAAGUAGUCACAUUUCACCUCAGCUCUCGUGUCCCUUUCUGUGCCAGUCGGUCAGGGAUGGUGAGACCAGUAACGUCCCUUCCCUGUGGUGAAAAGAAGCUCCUCUCCAGCAAGCCAAACAGCCGCUCAAUUAGACAAACAGACGCCCAGACAGUCCACCAGUCAGUCACUCCGUCAACCAGCCUGCUAUCAUCCAGCAACCUAUUACCUCACGCCAUGACUGCUCUGUCUGACCUGUUUUUAGGAACUCACUAAUUCAUGCCCCGGAGUGUGAGUGGAGUGGAGAUGAGAAAAAGGCAGGCGGCGCACAUCGAGGCCCCACCCCAGGCCCCUGGACAGCCCCGACCCAACACCUGCUGCCUCUGCUGGUGUGGCUGCUGCAAGUGUCUCUGGAAUGAAGACAGGAUGGAGCGGAGUGAGCGACAGACCUGCACCAAGAUGGACAGUAUUGAAGCUACAGAAGAACAACACCCCAGUCUAGAGGAAGCGCUGUCGUGGGCACGGAGCUUUGAGUUGAUGCUGCGCUCGCUGGAAGGCCGGGAGAUCUUCCGGGAGUUCCUGCGCUCGGAGUACAGCGAGGACAACCUGCUUUUCUGGUUGGCCUGUGAAGAGCUGAAGAAGGAGACGAAUCCGUCGGUGGUGGAGGAGAAGUCCAGGAUCAUAUACGAAGACUAUGUGUCCAUAUUAUCACCCAAAGAGGUGAGUCUGGACUCACGGGUCAGAGAAGGAAUUAACCUGAGCCUGGCGCAGCCCAGCAAUCUGAUGUACGAGGAGGCCCAGUUUCAGAUCUACACCCUGAUGCACCGCGACUCCUACCCCCGUUUCCUCAACUCCUCCGUUUACAGAGACCUCCUGGCCAACAGGAGGCGCACCUGCCUCGACACCUAGACCCCUCCACCCUCCCUCAUCGCCAUCGUACGCCAACGAGACUACUACUUAAACUUCAAAUACUACUAUGGUGCCAGAAGUCGGGUUUGGAAAAAUCUCUCCCUCUUUUUUGAUUGAAAAAAGACUGAAUGACAUCCGAGAUAGCUGGUUGUUUUUUAUUUAUAUUUUUUAAGCAAUUUAUAUCCAGUUCUCCACUGGAGCCAGGUCGGCCUUUGCUGGUUGGUUAUUGGUCAGUUUAAGACCAUUAAUGCUGGCCAGUGAUUGUUUUGCUAGCAAAAUUUGUGCUGUUUGUUACGGUUGACUGGCCAACCUGCUUGUCGGCUGUCGGUAGAAACAGCCAACCUGAUGGCCAGCUGCUGGUUAACUGUGGACAAGGACUCCUCAGGCGGUGGGGACAGACAGAGAGAGAGAGAGAAAAAGGACAAGCCAACUGUUCCUGUACUGUAAUAUUUAGACCUCAUACUUUAAUAUCUCUCUCUUUACUCAUUCUUUCAUAUGUUUUUUGUUUUUCUAAUUCUGUCCCAUUCUUCAGAUGUGUAAAAAUGUUUUAUUUCUUUACUGUCCAAACAUGACACCUAGUUGUUGGUGGGAGUUGGGGCGUCUCUGCCCGUUUAACCAGUAGAAGCACUGGCUCUGCAUGUAACUCUCUCUCUCUACAGUAGCUUGACGAUGUAAGCCGCGGACUGCAACCGUUUUUGAAUAUUGAGAUGUAUUAACACGGGGGACCUGUGUGUCUCUGUCUGGAUGUCUAUAUUCAGUGAAGGGAAAAAGUACACUUCUGCCAAUUUUAAGCUUACUGCAGUUUUUUUAUUGAGGAGAUUUGACGGCCUCUGCAGCAAAGGCAGCAGCACUUACCCAUCCAUCCAUCUAUCCACCUGUCCAUCCAUCCGUCCGUCCGUCCGUCUGUCCGUCCGUCCAAGCACUUUCCUUCUUUAGGAUUCUUUAACUGGGAGAAGUAAGGGCUAGAAUUGUGGUUGGGCAGCUACAUGUAUUAUUAUUACUCAUGAACUUUAGUCAAAAAAUCUCUCCACUGAGAAAAUCACAAUGCCUUUACGUGUAAGGAAAAGGCAGCACAAGCGCUGCUGGAGUUUUUUUCUGGAAAGCAACCACAGUUUGUCCAACGAUUCCCUACCUCCCAUCUUUUUUCCCCCUCCUCCUCCUCCUCCUCCUCCUCCCUUCAACUCAGACCAUCACAGCCUGACAAGCACAGGUGCCCAGUGAGGAGAAAAAAAAAAGAAAAACACAUUGACUCCAAAUAGUCAUCUACAUUUUGAAAUAGUUACGCAGAAAAAAGAGGGUUUACCUUUUAGUGUUUUUAUUCUGAAUUUGAGCAUUAUGGAAAGCUGGUUCUGCAUGGAGCAGGCACUGAUGUUACUGAAGGGUUAUUGAACCCUGGCCUUUGUCUGUAAGGCUCUAGCUUUAGCUGCUGUAGGUAACCGUCCCUGGAGUUGGACGUCCAGCUGCAGAUACAUAACCCGGGUGCCAAACAUGAUGUCAAAGAUGCUGUGAAGAGAUGCCAGACGCCUGUAGAGUCCUUCUGGUGCAUGUCUGUUUCUCCGGCAGACGGAGCUGGGAGAGUGUAUGGUAGUACUUCACUUAGCUACUGCCUAUUCAAGACACUCAUUUUUGCACCAGAGCGAGUGAAGAGGGUUGGUUUAACGAUGCUAACAUGCUACCGUACCGAGCUAGCCACACGCUAGCCGUCUCGACGAGGCUAACUAGGUUUCAGCAUGCUGUAGGCAAGCAGUGAGCAUGCUUGUGCUCGCCGUGCUAACCCUCCAUCCCACUGCCAGCCCUCACACACUCUGGUUUGUUUUUCUAAUCUGACUUUGACAGCAUGCGAUGAUAAUGGCUAUGUGUGUGUGUAUGGUACAGUUACACACUUAACAGAAACAUUUAGUAAAAAAAAAAAGAAAAAAAAAAAACUUUUAAGGGGGUCUUGCCAAAAUGUCCCAUUAACAUUUUUAGCAAAAAGGACAUAUUCUUUUUUUGUUAUUUUUUUGAUGAUGUGAACAUUUGUUCCCGGCCUGUGGAUGUGCAGUAGAAAGUGCAUGAGUGCAGUAUAUGCUAUUUUGUUUAAUGAACUGGGCCUCCGAGUAUAUUCUUUGUGUCACACGAUGGAGGGCUGACCUCUCGGUUGGUCGUGAAGUGUCAAUGAAACAGUGCCACUCCUCACUGGUAAAUGUGGGCAUCCGUGUUGCCACCUCCUUUAAACUACCUGAAGUUCACGUGCCAAGUUUGGACUAGAUUAAAUUUAAGAGUAGACGGCACAGGAUGUAUUAGCAGACUAUUGAAGUGCAAUUGGAUGUAGUUAGUGACUAGAUUGGAGUCUAUGUCCCACCAUGUUAGAUUGGUUUUGAAUUGUCCGAAGUUUAGCUUGUAAAUUACUUACCAUGACGACGAUACUCAAAAUGUUUUAAUGGUACUGUUGGAUUAUUUAAGAACUGGCUGCUUCUAGUUUGCAAGAGGACUUAAAUAAGGAAACAGAUAAUUCAAUUUAUUGUUUUUAAAAAAGAAAUACAGGUCUUCUGCUUGAGCCUAAAUGGAAAAAAGAGUCCAUUGAAUGAUGGGAUUUUGAGUUUCCUCCAGACGUUGACUAAAUGAAGCCGCCAGCUUAAAACCAAGCUAUCGUGCUACUACAAAAGCUUUCUGUCGUGAAGUAUUGGUUUUAAAUCAGUAAAGUCAAAGAAGGCAAGUCUAAUCCAAUAAUCACUGCAAUGUUCCUUAAUAAAAUAUAGUAUAUUUAACCUUUGGCAAUACAGUACUCACACGCAGACCACAUUAACACCCAUAGGGACUUGAUUGAUGUUGCUUAGCUGCUGUAAUGAAGAGCUGUGCAUGCAUGCGCUCAGUCGAUCAGACGAAUACAGAGCAAUUAACCAAUCCUGAUACUGGAGGAUCAAUUGUCACACUUUCUCCUCGGAGCACUUUCCAGGAACCAUUUUAGAUGUUGUAUUUGGACAACUUUGUAACUUUUUUGAGUCCGUAGACGAACGCUUGUCGCUCCUGACGCUCUCCUGCAGACCUCUCCUGCACAGUACAGCUCCUUGUCGCUGAGUCUACACAGUAAUUAACACGAGAAUGUUUCACCAAGAACCAGAUAAUGAAAUCAUGGUGCAAUUAAAAACCAAGUUUACAUUUUUAAAUUGUGCGAUGUGUGUACCUUAUUAGAUACUCGUAACCUUGGGGAGAUAACUGUCCCCAGUGUGAGCAGACGAGCCAGCAGGUCUCUGCCCCAGUGCUAACUCCUUUUAGCACUUCACAGGGUUUACAGGGGGAGGAUAGACACAGCAGAAAACCCAGGUAACGGUGUUUUACAGGGAGGACGGACGCAGCAGAAGCUCGCGUUGUCUGCUCACGUCCUUUCCUCUUAAUUUAUUGUGACUUUUACACAGCGGGGGAAGAGUACACGGUUGUUUAUUUUUUAAUAACUGCAUUUCAAAUGUAGAUUUUACAAGCAAUGAUGAUGAUGUGAAGUGAUGUAGUGUCAUCGCUGAGUUUAGAUUUUUGUCUUUAAAUCUCCAUGGGUUCCAAGCGAGGGGGUGUUUUCUUUUUGAAACGUGGCUGUGGUUUGUUGACCGAAAACACUUUUAGAGCUGAAGUGUCCUGAUGGGGGCGGAGGAGGUUUGCGAAGCUUUGGCCUUACUGACACGUUUUAUGAUUUUUUUUCCUUUGUAUAAAAAAAAAGAAACAACAACAAACGUCUCCGUAGGCUUUUCACUACCUCUCAUGUUGGUUAAUUUAUUUCACAUCUAGUUGUCAAUGUACAAGUUGUUUUUAGAUCUACUUGAAGCCUAACACUGUAAACAAAAAUGUGCACAGAAAAAUGACUAUGUAUAUGACCAGAGGGGUUAAAGAGAGCUUGGCCUAGUCAACAUUAUUAUUAUUUUUUUGUUUGUAUGUAUGUUUGUUUUUAAUUGUGUUGAGCUGAACUAGAUUUUGCAUCUCUAUAAAGAAUUCAGGAAUCCACUGUCUAAGGGCUAAUCCCAUUUUUGCCUAUGCAAAUCUGUUACUGUGGGUGAGUUGGGAAAGGGCGACCUACCGCACCUUUCACCGGUUUUAGAUGGACCAUGGUUUACAUUGCCCUUUGCUGAUAUUCUUCAAUCUUAUUCAGCAAAAAUGUACGCUUAUUUUUGUUUCUAUAUAAAUAUUAUACAUAUAUAUCUAUAGAUAUAUAUAGAUAUAUAUAUAACAAGUAAUAUACAGAGAAAAUAGUAUAUGCCUUCGUGAUGAUAAAAAAGAAACCUUGCUGAAAACAAAUAAAUGUGUUGUUGUCUGACAUUAUGUGGCUGUGUGCUGGAGUCUUGGUGAGAUUAUAUAGACGACUGGAACUGACGGAUCAGCGACUGACUGAGAAGUUGACUGACGGGAGAGACGCUCAUUACUCAGGCUACAACACUGGUAGCUGACCCUGUGCAGUAUUUCCUAACUGAGGGGGAAACACUUUAUUUAUUGAAGGAGUAACCACAUCAUGAUGUUCUGUGACAAAUAUGAUUAUCGAGCCCCAUCCUGUGAGGUAAAAAAAAAAAAAAAAAAAGGACUUGUCCUUGUCUUUUUUUACAGUUGGUCAUUUCUAAAGUAAGACUAUGUAUUUUUGAUAAACAAAUGUUAUAGUUGCCACAGGUGACAGUUAAAUGAGAAGGACAAAUGAUCAAACAAUGUGUAAGUCAGCAAACUGACUCAGUAAUGUAGUUUACAGGGCGAGACCUGUGUAACGUUUGCUAGCAUUAGCCAUCGUUGCAGCCACAAGCUAGUGGUCACGCCUAAAGACUGUGUCAAAGAAGUGGACAUAGCAACCAUGACGGCUGGGUAUCGGUACUUGCAACCUUUAAGACAAGGGUUUUCAAACUUUCUGUGCCCUCUCAAGGCACACCUGUAUUAAUAUCUGUGCACAAUAGCACCUAUAACGUGUGUUAUCAGUCUUAUUACGACAUAAAUGUUGGUUUUUAUUUGCUAAUAUCAAAUAACUAUUGACAACCAACUGUUGCUCAUGAAAUAUUUAUUAACGAAAUGAUUCAAGAAUUCAUUUUAAACCUAUUAACAUCAAAGCACCAAUAACACAACCAUUUAAAUGGGAAGUAAUGUAAGAUAAUGAUGCGUCCCAUGCGCUAACAUUGACUAAUAGGUUCCCCGUAUAGAUUUUUGAAAUUAAAUAAAAUUUUGUACUUGGAGCUUGCCUCUUUAUUAGGAAAUAGGUAUGCAAAUUCAUUCAUACCUUUUUGUACAGGACCAGUUGAGUAUUGCUAUAUAAAAUGUGUGGUUAUCACAAAAUCCCACGGUACAGCUGGAUUAGCAUCACGGCUAACCAUUUGUAUCGAUUGAAAUAACCCGGUACCAAGUAGUAUAGAAACAAUACCUUGAUCGAUCCUCUUUGGGCCAAGGGUCUGGUGAAGUUAAGCAUUGUGUAUUUGACGGGUCUAGGAGUUUAGCGUGCCGAAAUGCCACCAAAACUGAAAUUAUGGCUGCUGUAAAACUUCAGUUAAAAGCCAAGCCUAACAAAAGACCAAGCUCUGACUCCACAAAUCAGUUCAUUUUUAUAGAAGAUCUUAAAAUGUAAAGCCUCUUAAAGCCCUCCGAGUUGUUGGCUACAUGCCUGAGCUAAUGUUAGUGAGCUGCGUAGAUCGCACAUACAGAUACAAAUCAUUAGCUUGGUUAGAUUCUCCACAUUUUAAUUGUCCAGUUUAUUUCAAGAAAACACGAGCACCAAAAUAUGAUUCGUUCAGAAUUACCGGCAUCAUAAAUAAGAGAGAAGAAAAAAGUGGUGAUCUUUUCCAAGCAAGAGUUUUGUGUGAAAGGAAUUAAAGGCCUGUCCUAUAAAGAUGUCUGUCCCAUAUAUACAACGCCCUGGCUAUUAAUUAAAGUUUUAAGGUAUUCUACAUGCCACUCAAGUCAUGUUAGGGGUAUCAAAUUAACUACUCAAUUAGUAUUAUAGUAUUAUAAAUUGCUUUAAGUGUACUGGUAUUGGUAUUGGUAUUGUCAAUGCUCCUGCCCUGCAUCAGUACUGCUGCUUGCUCUUUCAGCAUCCACCUGCAGGCCGUAGCCCCCCAAAAUCUCAUGUCCCCAAAUUCCUCGUAUCCACGGGGAGUGAUUAGGCAGGAAAAACUCUAGCUAUGUUCUGCUGUUGUCAUAAACAUUUCAAACAGAAGUUUUCUAAAUAAAGUCCCAAUAUUGAGAUGAGUCAUCUUGCAGCGUGUGUGACACUCAAAGAAAUUGUAUCAGCUGAUUCACAGACGUCUCUUUCACAGUGUAAGUCUGUCAGAAAAAGUAUUUUUAAGCCCCAUGGCAUCACGUUACGGUCCUCGUCCUGCAAGUUGUAAUUCCACGGUUUGGCCACUAUGUCUAAUUGGGUUCAUAGCCCAGCACUGGUCCUAAGGGCUUAAUUUGAAGCCAUGAAUUUGGCAUUUUGGCCAUUGCCAUGUAAUUUUUUUGGAGCCAAAAGUGACCAUAUUUUGACAAGAUGGUGAAGGAGGGAGGGGUGGAUCUAACUGAGAUCUCAAGGACACCCUGUGGUAGCGACUUGUCAAUCGCAAGGUAGCCACGCCGUAAGCAUACCCUGCUUAAUAAUCUGUCUUACUCUAAAUUGGACCAUAAUUUACAAAAGGUACAUCAUGCUGUAUUGAAGAAGACUUGACACUAGUGAUAAACUUACUAGGGAAGAUGUUUAGUGUCGUAAUGAAGUCCACUUCUUUGAUACAGUCUAGUGAGGCUGCAAAAAUAGUAUAUUAAACUGAGCAAAGGUGCGAUUUAUUGCACAUUUCAUUUGAGUUAUUUUGUCAUUCAAAAGUUACAUAGUCUUAUUUUGAAGGGCGGAGGAGCAUGUGCACUGUCCAAACAUGACUCACAUUUUAUAACCAGUAACCGAUUAAAAAAUAAAAUAUUUAACUUGCCAUGAAGUAGUUUUGGUCAUGAUGAUCGUUUCGUUGUUUGUCAGUGGACACUGCACAGCUGUUAGUGUGACUUUGUGAUUAAACGUGUGCAGCACUGUGUCGUCAGCAAACAACAACAACUUAUUUUUCUAUUCUUCGUUCUUUUUGUAGCCACAUCCAGUCAGACUAUCACUGUGCUAAUACAGUAGCGUUGAUGUGGGACACAUCAGCAGAAGUGGGUUUUCUGUUUUUAUUAAUACUUCACUAAUGCAAGAUGUAAGAAAAGUCAAUGAUGCGUUACUCUACGGUACGAGACCAUUUACUCAGCUCCUGUGAGCCACUGUUAGCUUCGAGUUGAGGGUUGAUUUAGGUCUAAUGAUUUAUUUUUUAACUCUUUAUUUGUACAGAAAAUAUUGCUCCUGAAGCGAGAUGGAAAUGAGAACAGGAGGGUUGAUGUUUUAUAGAUUUUCCUCCACAAUUCCUCACAGUGCAUCGUGGCUAAAGACAGAUGUAAUGACUGAUGUUGGUUUGAAACUCAACCUGCUUUGUGUGUUCCCUCAGUUGGAUUUGGUGCCUCUUUAUGCUUCACAACAGACCUCAAGAUCUCUUUCUGUCUCUUUCUCUGUCUGUCUCACUUCCUCUCUCUGUAACAUCACACGUAUGACACUGUUAAUAGCAGUUAAAGCAGAGACGGUCCCAUUUUACAGCAAAAAAAAGAAAUUACACUGAUGUUUGUUCCUCUUACUGACACCUUCAUAUUGUCUCUUUUGUACCUCUUCCAGAGGUGUUUGUGCUACUAUUAGGAAAGAGAUUAUAUUUGUGCAGGUACCUGGUUGAAGUUCAACAGUUUUAGGCAAUCACUUUUCUCUUUAUUGAUUUAGAUGCCUAAGCCUCUUGGUUUUUGUCAUGCCUUUGUAGAUAGAUCACAGACGUGGAGAGAUGAUCCGCUGGUGAAAAAUAAAAAGAAUUUUACUGUCACUUUGGGCGAUUCAGAAAAAAGUGACUCUUUUCUAUUCAGCAUGCUUUUUGCUAAAUAAAUGAAAUAAUUCAGUUAUUUGCUAUAAACGAUACUGUAUGAGUAUGUAUUCAAGUACUGCAGUAUGCAGACAAUUAAAAAUAUCAGAAACUCUUUUGAGAGGUUCAUAUUUUUCUUCUAGUAUGUUUCACUAAUAUCGACAGUUAUGGGUUCUUGUUUCGAGUGUCUCAUGAAUUGCCAGAAUGACUAAAUGACCCUCUUUGUAUUAACAAAUAUAGACUAUGGUUGGUUAUUUCCACAUGCAUGACUUGCAGAGCAAUUCCACCAGGACAGUGCGAAUGCAGCGGGCUUUUAAAUCAAGACUUUUGUCAGUCGAGCUCAACUUUUCACUGUUUUUCACUGGUUGCUUGAAAACUUUUGAUGACGACUGAGAUCCUGACUGUUUUAUUUACAUCAGCGCAGGUUCAAUCUGAUCCUCCUGCUCGCUAAUGGUCAAGAAGUCAGUGUAGAGUGAAAUUUAUUAUUUAUUAUGUUGCCACACAAACAAAAAAGUGACCUCAAGGUGUCAGAUUUAAAAUGUCGACAUGAGAAAAUGACAGUGGAGCUUCGAACAGCAGCCAGGAAGCUCAUGAGUUCAACAGAUUGUGCAACUUCCUCGAACAUCUCAGAGCACUGUGUCCCUAACCUUCAGGGUCGUGCUGCCCAAGGAUCUGACAUUUGAUCAUCAACUGAUCAUCAAUCCUUGAUCGGCAGUCGCUGUCAAAAGCACCCUGAGAUGUAGCAUUGAAAAGAGUUUUCUAUCGUAUUAGUCCAACCUUGACAAAACACAUCCUCUGUUGUAGAUUAUCACAGGAGGGGCUCGUCUCCUCUCACAGGGAUGUGAAUCUGUGCGUCAAUACAGAGCUGGUACAAAGUUAACAGCGCUCAGCAGUAGGGGAUUUGUACAUUGUGAGAAAUAUUUAAUUAUAUUGUUAUUGGCAAUUCUCUGCAUGAUAGUACAAUACAGAUGUGACUACUUUUCACCAAGGACAGAAGAUUAAAGAAAUAUGUACACCCAAGUACAAGUAGCUGUGUGAAACUUAAAAUGGGUGCUGUUGGAGAAAUAGUUCAACUUUUUUGGGAAAUACGCGCAUUUGCUUUCUUGCCAAGAGUUAGACAAGAAGAUCAACAACACUCCUGUAUUUGUGCGCUAACUAUAACGCUACAGGCAGCAGCUGGUCACCUUAGUUUAAGACAAGCAAGGUGAAACUGCUAAUGUGGCUUUGUCCACCUCUGAAACUCACUCAUUUUAGCUUUAUUGCUAGUUCAUACAAAAACAAGGUGUCAUGGGUUGAAUGUGUCGGAGUAUUCCAUGACGACCCAAGAAAUAAUUUUGCUAAGCUAAGCUAACCAGCUGCUGGCUCCAGCUUCAUAUCUUCUCAUCCAACUCUUGGGAAGGCCAAGUUCUGUGUUUUCCAAAUGUUAAACUAUUCCUUCAAAGAAGUAGUUGAAUUACAUGAAAAAAUAUAUUUAUAUAAAAAAGAAUGGAAAGCAAGGUUGCGUAUUGAGCCAAAGUUCCUCCCCUUUCAGUGCCGCCCAUAGGAACUUAUUGUAGAAAAAAUAUGUACCGUAGUCAACGAUAAAGGAGAAAACACAUUUUGAUCCUGUUUGACUUGUGCCAUGAAUUACACAUAUGAUGUUUGUCAAUUUAAAAGAUCAUUUGGAUAGUCAAGAAAAUCACAGUUUGUCGUAGGUUUGCUGUAUUAACAUUAAACUACUAAGUGAACUUCAUCUUUAUCAGUGUCUGAUAGUCCACCACGAACGUUUUUGUCACGUCUCGUCAACGAAAAUGAAACAUAGAUUUCGUCUUAGUUUUUAUUAUCAAGAUCUAUUUUUAGCUCGUCAUCAUCUCCUUUUUUGUCAUAAGUUUCAUCACCGAUAUUAAUACUGAUUUCCACUGACUUUUAAAACGACUUGUAUCACCGGCCCAAAAACAACAUAUAUCACUGUUCUAACAGUUGAAGUCCUUAUAAUCAUGAAAGAGUCCCAGUUCGGCUCCAGAACUACCUGGUUAGCUUAGGCAACAAAACUACAUGGCUAGGUUUAGGAAAACAUCAUGGUUUGGCAAGUACUUUUGUCAUUAAUGUAUCAUGACGUUUGCCACGUGACACACAUCACAUCUGACACGACAUAAGUCACUAGCAUACCAUGCUACACAUUAUAGUGUACUAGGCUACGUUGUUGUUACAACAAGUCAGCUUUGACUUCAACAUGCAGACACUGGUCUCCUGGGUGAAAGUCCAGUGUUUGUUUGACCCAUCCCACCGCCACUCCCACCCACCCUAUAGGGGCUUCUUCAAUAUUCGUAUAACAUUAUACAGUCUUUUUUUUUUUUUUUU